UGUACUCGCUUUGGCCAUGGCCGCCGAGAUGAGCUCUGAGGUUCCCGAACCGGUGGCUCUGACAGCACCGAGUAAUCCAGUGACACCGGGACCCGGGCAGGUGAGGGUGAUUGGAGCAGUGCCUGCCCGUGGAGGGAAGCGGCGCUCGGGACUGGAAUUUGAUGAUGAAGAUGGAGAAGGGCCUAGCAAAUUUUCAAGGGAAUUAGGCAUUAUGAAAGAGAACCACAGUGAAAUUGAGAGACGACGUCGAAACAAGAUGACAGCCUACAUCACAGAAUUGUCAGACAUGGUGCCAACAUGCAGUGCUUUAGCACGUAAACCUGAUAAACUGACUAUUUUACGGAUGGCUGUGUCACAUAUGAAGUCUUUAAGGGGAACUGGAAAUACUUCUACUGAUGGUGCCUAUAAGCCUUCAUUCCUAACAGAAAAGGAGUUGAAACAUUUGAUUUUGGAGGCAGCAGAUGGAUUCCUCUUUGUAGCUGCAGCUGAGACUGGAAGAAUCAUCUAUGUUUCAGACUCUGUUACGCCUGUUUUAAAUCAUCCACAAUCUGAAUGGUUUGGAAGUACCUUGUAUGAUCAGGUUCAUCCAGAUGAUGUGGAGAAACUGAGAGAGCAACUGUCUACAUCAGAAAGUUCCAUGACUGGCCGUAUACUGGAUCUCAAGACUGGGACAGUUAAAAAAGAAGGGCAGCAGUCUUCAAUGAGAAUGUGCAUGGGAUCCAGACGUUCCUUUAUUUGUAGAAUGAGGUGUGGAACGGCUCCCUUGGAACAUAUCUCAUUGAGCAGGCUGACUGUCCUACGCAAGAGAUAUAGAAAUGGCUUGGGACCUGUCAAGGAAGGAGAGUCGCAGUAUUCAGUAGUUCACUGCACUGGAUACAUCAAAGCUUGGCCACCAGCAGGAAUGACCCUUCCAGAGGAGGAAUCAGAUGGCGGACAAAGCAGUAAAUUUUGUCUUGUUGCAAUUGGACGCCUACAGGUAACCAGCUCACCAGUGUGCAUGGAUAUGAAUGGUCUCGCCAUCCCUACAGAAUUCCUGUCUAGGCACAAUUCAGAUGGACUGUUUACAUUCGUGGAUCAUAGAUGCAUCACUGUUAUUGGCUAUCAGCCACAGGAGCUACUGGGAAAGGAUAUUGUCGAGUAUUGCCAUCCCGAAGAUCAAAGCCACGUGCGAGACAGUUUUCAGCAGGUCGUGAAAUUGAAAGGGCAGGUGCUGUCAGUGAUGUACCGUUUCCGAACCAAAAGCAGGGAUUGGCUAUGGAUAAGGACAAGCAGUUUUACUUUCCAAAAUCCCUAUUCAGAUGAAAUUGAAUAUAUUAUCUGCACCAACACCAAUGUAAAGCAACUCCAGCAGCAACAACAAGCUGAGCUUGAAGUGGGUCCAAGAGAAGGUCUACCUUCCUAUGACCCUUCCCAGGUGCCCGUUGCAACUGUAUCUGCCGGUGUCCAAGAACAUGGGAAGUCAAUUGACAAAACUGACCCACUGUUUUCGCAGGAUAGAGACCCCAGGUUCACAGAUAUCUACACUGGUAUUUCACCUGGUGAAAAGAAGACAAUGUCCACAGCUUCAGUUGCAGGAAGCCAACAGAUCUACUCACAAGGAGGUUCGUUCCAGCCUGGGAGAACGGGACAAACAUUCAGCACGUCAAUGGUACCUGGUGGAAACAUCAUUCAGCAAACAUCCUCAGCAGGCCAGAUUUUAGCCCAGAUAUCUCGCCAAUCAAAUGCGAACCAGGUCUCUGCAACAUCCUGGACUGGGAGUCGACCACCUUUCCCGGGGCAGCAAGUAACAUCUCAAACUGGUAAGGCUCAGUCACCACCUUUCGCCAUAGGAUCAAGUCACACAUUCCCAGCAGACCCAUCGACUUUCAGUCCCCUGUCCAGUCCUGUGUCUACAUCUUCACCGGGAGGACCUUCUUAUACCAGUCUGGCAAAUCGAUCCACUGGUUUUGCUGAGAGCGGACAGAGUAGUGGACAGUUCCAGGGAAGAUCAUCUGAAGGCUCAGCUGUGUGGUCUCAGUGGCAAGGCCAACAUCACAAUCAACAGGCAAGUGAGCAGCAUACACACCAACAGCCAGGACAACCAGAGGUCUUUCAGGAUAUGUUGUCCAUGCUUGGAGAUCCAACACAGGGGACUGGCAAUUACAACAAUGAGGACUUUGCCGAUCUAAGCAUGUUCCCAUCAUUUUCUGAGUAAAUAGUUAAUAAGCUAGUGGUUGAUCAUAGAGAGGUGAGCAUAUAAUUACAGCAAGGAUUUUUGACUUAAGGAAUCCUUUUUGAGAAAAUUUGAGCCAUUUAGAUAAAACCAAAUGGAUUCAGUUCAGUAACAUUAGCAAACUGUGCCACACAUUCCUGGCAGUGAAUUGGUGGAACUAGGGCCAGUGUGUGCAGUGUAAUCCAUACCAGAGUCUAACCAAACUUUGUAAGAUCAUCCCUUUAACUUCAUGAGGGAAAAAGAAAUUACCAUAACCAGAUGUUAGCAGUUAGGACAUAAACACGUGUCAAAAAUAUAAGCAUGCUUAACAGUAGAUGUACACUGCUGUAGAAUCAGACAACACAGAAUGAAAAGGUCUGAGUGAUGUGAAACAACAGAAGGAAGAUUAUAAUCAGAUUGUUUUCCAGACUUGUUGAUUAAGCAAAUACUUUAAAGAUAAAUUAAAAAUAAAACGUUACUAUGAUCUAAAGAAACAUUAAACAAAAAAUACAUACAUUAAACUGUACACUAGGAUUACAACUGUACAAUAUGAGUGACCAUUUUCUUCUUACAUCUGAUCGAACUUGUUCAGACACACAAUCCUCACUGGAUUAAUUACUGGAUUCUAGAUAAUCCCUCCAGCAAGUGUCAACAUAGGCCAGAUCCCUUGAAAAUAAAACCAGUCAAGCAUCACAAUUGGAGUCUUUUCUGUCAAUUUAAAAGAGGAAAGUACCUAUUGUCUCGAUAGUAUAAAUGUCAGAGAGGAAGGGAGGAACCAUCAAAAAGCUUCCCUUCUUAUCUGUCACCUUACCAAGCACAUCAAUGUGAGUGUGCCAUUCCGUAUUAUCCCAUGCCUCACCAGGGAUUUACAUCUUACUCUUGGACUGUUUAUAAUCAGUGUAUUUCUACACAUUCUCUCUUUUAUAUUCAUUAUUAAAUUUGUAAAUGUUGCCAUUUGAUGUUCAGACUCAUGCCUUAAUAUCAAUAUCUUGUCGACACUGUUAUUCGUGCCGCUUUUGUUGUGGUAUGGCAAGUCUUCAGUGUUGUUCUUAGUCAUAAAUAAUGUAAGCUAUUCUUGCAUUAGUUUGUCAGUACCCAUAAAACCAAGAAAACAACAAGUGUUAUUUGUAAAAAUGGACAAAGUUAGGGAAGACAUUGGGCUUGCAGUGUCAUAAAUUGAUAACAAUGGCAUUAGAUAGUAGUCCCUCUUAAUUCAUAUUAUUUAAUCUUCAAAUGCUAGGGGAUAAUAAUGUAUGCUAGUCAAAAGUAUGAUUUAAAAAUUAUUCUUAAUCCAAGUAACAGCUUAAAAUGUUGUUCAAAAAGUGACAGUCCCUUACAAUGCACCUAUUUAGAUCCAAAAUCAUACAAUUCCCUGAAAUGUGCAUGAUUAUUGAUUUUUGUGGCAUAAUUACGUCAUCGCAGUUACAAGUCUGUUGUAAAUCUGAUAAUACUCAAUACUGGAUUAGAUUUGCAACCUCGUGUUCGUCUGGUAAACAUUCAAACACUUGAAAAGAUUAUUUUAAAAACAAUGAAAAUUGUAAUUAUUGCUCUAAAACAUACCAUGGCAUACCUAACAGCAGAUCUCCUGGCAGGACUACCUAUGAACCACAGCAGCAGCUUUCAAAAUCUUUACCCUAAUUUUGUUUGAGUAGCACCGCAGGUGGACAAAGGCACUAUAGUUUGGUUCAGCUAGUAUUUUUUUCAAAUUAUGUAGAAAAUAAAUUGUAGAAGAUAAACAUCUCUGUUCAUUCGAAAUCAGCAUCACAUGGUCCUAAUUUCACUCGGUAAUGUUAAAAAGAACAUCUCUUUCCUCAUUUGAUUUACAGAAACUUUAAGGAUGUGUAUUCAGUCUUUGCAACUUUGCUGAACAAUGCAGCGUUUUUAAAAUCUGCUGACCAAGAGGAGUGCCCUUUGCCAAUUAAACUUUAACUUUGCAGUUUAACCCCAGAAAACAUGUCAUAGAAUCUAACAGAGCAAAAUCAAAUGCUGCAGAUGCUGUUAAUCUGAAAUAAAAUCAGAAAGUGGUAGUGAAAAUCAGCAGGUCUGGCAGCAUCUGUGAAGAGAGGAAAACAGAGUUAACGUUUUGAGUCUAGUAUGUGUUAUCUUUGGAGUGGUUAACUCUUUUCUCUCCACAGAUAAAAUCUAAUGGAAUACCCCCGUAGUGCUGGUAGUUAGCCAAACGAAUAAAGCUAAAUAUACACGAAGUAACAAGUAUAAAAGGGAACUGAAAAAGAUUUAGUGAGGUUGAGAGAUGUAAGCAAAUCCGUGAUCCUUAUAGAUUCGUGAGCUACCAUUUAUCACUUUUUAUAUAACUAAACCCUCCUAAUGAAGUAUUUUGAUUAUUUGAAAUUAUUUAUAGGUGGGGUGAUUGUGUCCCAACGUGACAUUCUCUGUGAAACAUUUCCUUUCUGUCCAACAAAGUAAACGAUAAUUGAAACCAGAAUAAUUUUAAGUUUUCAUACUCUUGGUGAAAAUUUCCCAUGAUAGCAAUGAAGUAAAGUCUAUCAAAAUAUUUCAGUUUACUAGCCAGUGUCAAAGGAUACUCAGAAUUGCAACAAUGUACAUUGCUCCAAAAAAAAGCAUUCGUAUGUUUGUGUUAAUUUGUGUUAAAUAUUCUUUUGGUGUUCUUGUUACAUUUGAGUUAUUUCCAUCUUCAAGGUCCUCACAAUAACAUACAGUCAAAUCUGGCUGUACUGAACAGUUUUACCUUUUGUUCAAUUUGCAAUAGAAAUGCAAUAAUGAAGCUUCACUGUAAAACUUAAACAACAGUUGCAUUUCUAUAACACCUUUAACACAGUAUUAACAGCCAGGGCAGUUCAGAGGAACAUUAUUGAACAAAAUUUUUGAACAAAAACUUGUCAAAACAUUUGAUUUUAAGAACAAGAUUGUGAAGCAGAGAGGUUUAGGGAGAGAAUGCCAGAGUCCAGGGCCCAAGCAGCUGAAGGCACAGUUGCUGGUGGUUGGGCGAGUGAAAUCAAGGUUUAAGAAUUUACAAGAAUUGCUAGAGAGCUCAGAACGUUAUGAAACUAGACAGGGCCAUAGAGAUAGGGAGAGUCUGAGAGGAAUUGAAUAUUAAAAUAAUGAUUUAAAAUUAAGCCAUUGCUGGCCUUAAGCCAUUGUAAAUCAGUGAGGACAAAUUUAAUGUGUUCAGGCAGCUGAUAGUGGUCAAGUAACAAUGGUCCAGAUGUUGUUGUAUGAACUACUAAUAGGGCAGCUCAGUGAUUAUCAGUGCUGCCUCACAACAAAAGGGACCCAGAUUAGAUUCCGCCCUUGGGAUCAGUCCAUGUGAAUAUUCUCCCCGUGUCUGCAUGGGUUUACUCCCACAGUCCAACAAUGUGCAGGUUAGAUGGAUUGGUUAUGCUCAGUUGCCCAUAGUGUCCACGGUGUGCAGGCUAGAUGAUUAACCCUGGGAAAAGCAGGGUUAUAGCGAGGGGAUGAGUGUGGGUAGGAUGCACUUUGGAUGUUCGGUGUGGACUUGAUGGGCCAAAUGGUCUGUUUCCACACUGUAAGGAUUCUGUGAUUAAAUGCAGUGCCAAUGACUACUUGCUUGUGGUUGGAAAUUUUGCGACAUCAUCCCCAUUCCUUGAUUGGAAGUUAGGACUUACUUGAUUUAUGCUGGUAGAAGAAAACCUCGAGUGAGUCUUAAUGAGACAAGGCUCUGCUUUAAUCAGGAACAACUUAUAGUAGUAAGACGGACACUAUAACUGAGACAACAAAGAGACCUAAGAUAUAGGUUUUCACUUUACAAGAUCCUAAGCUUUUCUGCAUUUUCCCUGAUCAAGGCCAUAUGACGUCAUCAGGUUGGAUGGAGUUCAAUGCAGUCUCCAACACUAACUGUUUCAGUACCAUGAACCGAAACAACAGCGAUUGCAUGGGCUAAUGCAGCAAUUGGAAUUCUAAUUUAAUUAACAGUAAUCAUGAAACUAUCAUCAAUUACAAUUAAAAUCUGUCCGGUUCACACAUGUCCUUUAGGGAAGGAAAUCUGCCAUCUUUGUUAAUCUGUCUUACUUGUAACUCCAGAUCUACAGCGAUAUGGUUGACUCCUAGCUGUUCUCAAGGGCAAUUUGACAACAAAUACUGAUCGAGUGAGAGACACCAACAUCCCAUUAAUAAUAUUUUUAAAAAGUACUAUAGAAGUGAAACUAAUAUUCGGACUUCUCUGCAAAUAUAAUUUUGAUGCAGCUCUUACAGCCAUGUUAUGGUUUAGUUCUAUUUUCAAAGCUGCUCUGAACAUGAGUAGUUUUGAGCAGUUAACCAGUUUAAUUAUCACUGUUUCUGAGUCUGCCCGAAAUAGUGAUGAGGGAUCAUGUCAAAAUCUUUGAUUCUGAGGCACUGGUUGCAAAUGUAACUUCUCCUUGGUCUAUCAGAAAAUACAAACAGUAUAAAUAUCACAUGGACCUAGUUAAGCGAACCAAUGUCCAGAAAGGGACCUUUACCUUAAAAGUAUGAAUGUAGAAUAAUUUUAUUAUUGUUCUCUAAGCAUUCUUGUUGAAUUUCAUUAAAGUGUUAUUGUCAAAUUGAUGUUUUCUUUGAAAAACCCAUAAAGUGUAGCAAAUGUCAAGUGUGACAUGUUAAAGAUGUCUAGUGUUUAAGCUUCAGCUGGUCACCUUAGAAACAAUGCAGAAUUGAGUAGUAAAGUGUAAAUGUAAAUAGUGUUAUAGAAGUGCAGUGAACUUGCUGUUUUAGGAAAUAUUCAGUAUUUUCGACAUUUUGUAAGUAUUUUUGAUGUAAUUUCAUGUAAUGUAGCAUUCUAAUUUCUGCUAAAGUGCUGUUAUUUUUGUACACUGCAACACCAUUUAACUAAAUACAUUUCAUUUGAGGAAGAAAUUUAGCUCCACUGUUGGGUCAGUAUAAUGUUUAUCCAGUCAAUAUAGUUGUAAAUGUAAUUGUGCAGAAAGGUUUUAGUAUAGGAAUAAUUUGAACAACUAUUUCUUUACAAGUGUAGAACUAUUUUAAUGGUGCAAUUUACUGUGACUAAUUAUUAACAUUGGGAUAAAAUCCAACUUUGGUGAGUGUGAAUUGGCCACCAAUUGUAUACUCUACCCAGUUAUCUUUUCUAUUGACUUCAAUGGGAAGGAGGAUCAGGUGGGAGCUUAUAAUGGCUUAGAAUGUAUAGUGGGUGAGAUGUAUAGCAAUUUACUUCACCAAAGUUGGGUGUAUUGUGUUUCAGUUAUUUCUAACCAUUCAAUUAAGACUGUAUAAAAAGCAUUUGUACAAAUUAUUUGUUGGCUAAUGAGGGCAAUCCUUCUUCAUACCACAAAGGCUGUUUCAAUAAUGUACCAGGCCAAAUGUAUAGAACCCCUGGGCAAAAUAUAAUAACUGUAAUCUUUCUCAGCCAAUUUUCUAAUGUAAAUGGAUUCAUAACCCAAAUGCAUUUUAUUAUCUGAAAUUAUAAUCAAGCUAUUUUUAACAGUGAUAUUUAUGUAUAUAGAUUUUAACCUGUAUUAUUUAGUUUUUAAUGCAAUUAUAAUUUGCCUGUUAAAAUGGCACAAAUACACAAUUCUUAAAUAUUAGAGUGUGUGAAAGCUUAACGCAAAGCCUUCCUUCCUUUACAUCAGAUGUUCAGUUAUGAAUUUCCCUGGGUCAUCUGUUUCAGUAGCCUGUGGUUUUACAAUAAAACUCAUUUUAGGAUCAUGAACCCUUUUUUUUAAUGUAACCCUUAUGGGGUUAUCAAAGUGUUUAUGUUCACUGUGUUUCUCUGUAGAGAUUUAAUCUGCAGUGUUUGGACAAAGCAAAUUGAGUUCUAUCUGAUAUUUAAAACAAAAUGCAAUUAUGCUGAUUAAAUAAAACUCCAAUUAUCUACUGUUCAUAUCAUGUGAUUUUGACAGAACAUGCUGAAAAUAUUUGGAAGCAGAAGUUACAAAUGUCAUUUUUGUGGUGUACGUGUAAUACUACUAAU